GGGAAGAAGGCCCCGGCGGGGAAGGGGCCUCAGGCCGUGGCCGGAGCGAAGCCCAAGAAAGGGGCGGCCGGGGAGGGUGCGGCGGCCCCCGCGGUGGAGGAGAAGGCGGAGAGCGAGGCCGGGCCCGCGUCCGCGGCGACGGCGGGCAGCAUGGACACGCUGGAGACCGUGCAGCUGAAGCUGGAGACCAUGAACGCGCAGGCGGACCGGGCCUACCUGCGCCUCUCGCGCAAGUUCGGGCAGCUGCGCCUGCACCACCUGGAGCGCAGGAACCUGCUCAUCCAGAGCAUCCCCGGCUUCUGGGGGCAGGCUUUCCAGAACCACCCGCAGCUGUCGUCCUUUCUCAACAGCCAAGACAAAGAAGUGCUCGGCUACCUGAACAGCUUGGAGGUGGAAGAGCUUGGCCUCGCCAGACUGGGCUACAAAAUCAAGUUCUACUUCGCGCUCAACCCCUAUUUCCAAAACAAGGUGCUCAUCAAGGAAUAUGGGUGUGGCCCCUCGGGUCAGGUGGUGUCUCGCUCUACUCCAAUCCAGUGGCUCCCAGGGCAGGAUCUCCAGUUCCUCAGCCAGGGGAACCCAGACAACAGCCCGAGCUUCUUUGGGUGGUUCUCAAACCACAUUUCUAUUGAGUCCGACAAGAUUGUUGAGAUUAUUAAUGAGGAACUGUGGCCCAAUCCCCUGCAGUACUACCUUAUGAGUGAAGGGGCCCGUGCAGAGAAAGGAAAGGAAGGCAAGCAAGGCCCAGCAAGGCAGCCAGUGCAGACCCCUGAGCCUGGGGUAAACAAAUCCCAGUAACCUUGCACAGGUCUGCUGGACCUGCUGGACCAUGCGUGUUUGGCUGGCUGCCUUCCCUUUGCCUUGGCCUCUGUGCACUCUUCCCUUUGAACUUCGGUUACAAGAAUAUGGCACUUAGGAUCAUGUUCUUUUGCCUCCCCAUGGCCUUGCUUUUUCACAUUAGUGUCACAGGUUAUGUGAUCCUGCUCCUACCGUUUAUAUGUUAAGCACACAUGCUUCAUAUGUGUGCUGCCCUAUCUACAAGCCUGCACCUUGUUCUUGGCUCGGGCCUUUCCCACCUCUUCAACAUGGACGGUCAUGAGUCACUGUCCAGGAGGGUCAGUGCUUCCUUAGCUCUGCCCCUUCAGAGCCGGUGACUUCGGUGGGCUUUGCGUUCCUGCUGGCCAUGCAUGCUGUCUAUGGCAAGAUUUCCUGUUGCCACUGCAAAAUGAAGCUAACGCACAUGGUACUGACCAUCAGCCAGAACUGAUUGUUCAGUAGCCCUGGGGCUACUAGCCAAGGCACCACCUGCAGGAUCUCUGGCUUUGGACAAUCGUCCAUGCUCUCCUGCUGGAUGUGCAGCACACUGGCGCUUGACUGCUGGGCCUGGAUGAGGCGAAGAAUGAGAAGCAGUAUGCCGUGUGUUCUAUACCAUCAUGUGUCUCCUGCCUCUGGGCCCUUCCACUGGUGAACCUUCAUCAAGCUCUACGCCUGCCUCAUUCCUUUCAGGCCAUGGAAUUUUGUCUAGGUUGUUAUCAGCCCCAACUGACUUCCUGUUCAACAAGGACCUCAAGAACUGCCUGUGGACCCAGGCCCCUUGCCAGUGCAUGAGACACACACCUACCUUCCCCAGCCUUCCAAGAAUCCUGUUGGCUGUCAGACUGAUGGGUGGGCUGGUAUGUGUGGACAUGUGCUCACUGUCCUUAUGCUGUGGCUCCAAAUGAGGGUGGAGACUAGACUCAUAGAAUGCAGUGUGCUGUAGUGGGGUUGCUGGGGAAAAGGUAGUUCCGAUGUGUGAACCUGUGUCUACUUCAUUUCACACCUCCGUAUUUCCUGACUUGCUCUUCCUUCUUUGUUUCUACCUUCGAAUUCCCAUAGGAGUAGGCUUAAG